AACAAUCAAAAUAAAAAAUAACCAAAACUAAUAAAAAAACAUAAAUAAAAAUCCCUAUAUUCUAAAAUGUCUUUGUUAUCUGCUUUUAAGAAAUUCACUAAUGACCGUUCUACCAUGGAAGUUAAGAUCUUCAUUGGAGCUCUUACUGAUAGUGGUGUCUUUAAUGGAAGAGUCAAUCCUAGCCAAGCUGAAUACAUUUUCGAUAAGGUUAAGAACAGUGCUAACUUGAGAGGUAUUAACUACUAACAAUUUGAAACCUGUUUAUCCUAAAUAGCUGCUCAAGGUGGUAUGACUCGUUAACAAAUUGAAGGUAUGUUGAUUGAAUAAAGCAAGAAGCUUGGUGCUAAGGAGGGUGAUCCCUCCAGAUUCUUCUAUGACAAGAGCUCUUACACUGGUGUUCAUACAAAGGGAGGUCCUUCUACUAUUGAUAACAACGGUUAUUCCCAUCUUUCUUAACUCUGUGACAGAAGUGGUGCUAAUGUUAGAGGAGUUAACAAGUGA